UUCUGCACGCUGCCCAUCGACACGGCCAAGGUGCGCCUGCAGCUGCAGGGCAAGGCGGCGGGCGGGGCGGGCGGGGCGGGGGGCGUGGUGAAGUACCGCGGGAUGGUGGGGACAAUGGGGACGAUCGCGCGCGAGGAGGGGCUGUCGGCGUUGUGGAAGGGGCUCGUGCCGGGGCUGCACCGCCAGUGCGUCUAUGGCGGCCUGCGCAUCGGCCUCUACGACCCUGUGAAGGCACUGUUCGUGGGCAAGGACCACAGGGGCGACGUGCCGCUCACCAUGAAGAUCGCCGCCGCCCUCACCACAGGCGCGGUGGGAAUAGCGAUCGCCAACCCCACGGAUCUGGUGAAGGUGCGUCUGCAGUCGGAGGGGCGCCUGCCGCCCGGCACACCCAAGCGCUACUCGGGCGCUCUCAACGCCUACGCCACCAUCGCCCGCCAGGAGGGUGUGGCAGCGCUGUGGACGGGUGUGGGGCCCAACAUCGCGCGCAACGCCAUCAUCAACGCCGCUGAGCUCGCCAGCUACGACCAGAUCAAGCAGACGCUGCUCAAGGUACCGGGCUUCGGCGACAACGUGGUGACGCACCUCAUCGCUGGGCUGGGCGCCGGUUUCUUCGCUGUCUGCAUCGGCUCGCCCGUCGAUGUGGUGAAGUCGCGGGUGAUGGGCGACAGCAGCGGGCAGUACAAGGGCACGCUCGACUGCUUCGUCAAGACUUUCCGCAACGACGGCGUGCUGGCGUUCUACAAGGGUUUCAUCCCCAACUUCGGCCGCCUGGGCUCGUGGAAUGUCAUCAUGUUCCUCACCCUCGAGCAG